AUGGCGGAUGAGUUGCAAGCUUUGACCGUAAACGAAGUAGAGGAAUAUUUAGCUCGAAUUCACUACACAGGCCCAAUAGAACCAACUUUUGACGUUCUUAAAGAACUGGAACGGUGUCAUAUGUUAUCAGUACCCUUUGAGAACUUAAGUGUGUUUGGAAAGGAGGAAAUAGUCCUCUCUAAAGAAUGGUUGUUCGACAAAAUCGUUCGAAGACAUCGUGGCGGGUACUGCUUUGAGCUGAACUUGAGUUUUUCGUUGCUUCUUGAUUAUUUUGGGUACAGCUACGACAGGAAAUCUGCUGCAGUCUAUAGCAGAAAAUCGGGGAUUAUCGCACCACCGAUUGAUCACCUGAUAAACGUGAUAAACAUUGGCGAUUCACUGUGGUUGUGUGAUGUCGGUUUUGGAGAUUCGUUUCUAACUCCUCUCCUCAUCGACUGUUCAGGAGAUCCGCAGGAACAACAGAGUGGGGCUUAUCGUAUUCGAAAAGACGGCGAUCAGUAAUUCUACGAAGAGAAAGUGAAAACUAUAGUUGACGAGUUUGGUCGCGAAGGAAAAGCAAAGGAGAAAUUUACCAGUGAAGCUGAAUGGGGAAUCAGGUAUAGGUUUGACCUGACUCCUAGGAAAAUACGAGACUUCCAUGAAAGGCUUAUUUUCCACCAAACAGACCCAAAGUCUCCGUUUACUCACGAUCGCAUAUGUACUAUGGCAAAAUCUUGGGGAAGGUUAACCCUAACAGGGAACAAACUGACAACUUCCACCUAUCUGGCAGACAACAAGGUCAAGAAAGAGACAAAGGAACUCAGCAGAGAAGAAGAAAUAGUAAAUGAACUCGAAUUAAAGUUUGGAAUUAGAAAAGAAUCUUGUUUGUAUCCUAAAGGAUCUAUGUAUCACGGAUUAGAUCUGAAGGGAAAAGUAUCUUAAGUCGAAAUCAUUU